AUUGUAAACAAUAUCAACAAUUCAAAAUACAGUGCCUGUUGUUCUAUCAACCAACAGUAAGUCGAGGGAUUCUCCCUUAUCUUUGCGAAGAAAGUAAUUUGUGUCGACCUUUGAGGUAUUCCCACCUUUCUGAAGGCAGAAGUGGGGGAUGGACGAGGUGCGGCCUACCAGCGGACUAGCAACCCCCAGCCUGGCGUCACUCUUCCCCCCGGGUCUGCAGGCAAUCUACGGGGAAUGCAGGCGCCUCUACCCCGACCAAGCCAACCCCUUACAAGUUACAGCCAUUGUAAAAUACUGGUGAGUAGAUAACGUCUUCUUCUGGAUACAUAACUUUGUAACGUCCGAUUAAUCGAAAACCAGCUAAGUUAACUGUUAUCUAGCUAACAGAGGACACGGCGAGAAAGUUAACUAGCUAAAUUAGCUAGUAGCCGAAUAAACUCAACGAUUUACGAUUGAGUAUUUUUAUUGAAUCAAAUAUAACAGACAUCGAAUUAAAGAAUUGACAAGAACAUAAAAGACAAACAAAAACAGAAAAAAAUAGUUAUGACAACGUAAGAUAAUGUGACAAUGACACUUAUUCAGAAAAUAAUUCGAUAAUAUUGGACUGUCGACAAGCUUUUCUUAUUAUUUAGUAAUUUCAGACUCAAUUAAAAACAGCCUAUCAAAAACACUUUUUAAAUUAGGGAGCUAAUUUUAAAAAAAAGAGUUUUGUGAAUAUAACGUUUACCAAACACUAUCAUGACAUUAGUUAUACAUUUCAAAGAGUUCAGAGUACUGUCAGAAAAGGUUAUAACAUUAUUGCAUUUCAUUUCAAUAGUGACCCGUUUUACUCCUCCAUAGCUCUCCAAAAUCUAAUAGUGUCAGUGCCGAUUUUAGCAUGUAAAUCUUGGUGGGGCAAAAAAAUGCAUUCCAGCAAAGCCACAACACUAAACAAUACAUUAAUUGCACUAUAACGGUGACAAACGGUGCCUACAAACUGUUAGGGCCUACAUAAAGUUGUCCCAACAGCAGAGUCCCAACACCUUACCACUGCUACACCUGGCUAUCAGCUGAGCCUUGUCUGGCAACGAAACAGUUCAUUCAGCCUCAUUUACUGCUUUAAAAAAAAAUUAUACAUAGCUGAUAUGGCUGACUUGCUUAAACAAAUGUGGUUUCUACUGACAAUUGAGAUGUACAAACUAUGGCACAAGGGGACAACAAGCGGAUAAGAGGCAAUCUCAAUUAAGACAUAUUGAGCGAGCCAGGACGGUCGUAGUCAAUAUAACUAUUUGUUCAGCACUUAUGUAGAGCGACAGAAUUCAGAACAUGGGCCGUUCUUAGUGUUCUCCCUGUACACCAAGUCAAACCGUAGGAUAAAUAAAGCUCUUACAAUAUUCAAUGAUUACAUUUCUCAAAAACAUGUUAUAGGCUACAUGUGCACCACCGAGUCAGAACAGUAGGCGAAAUUAAGAGGUGAAAAUAUACCAAAUUAUUAGGGUGAGGCACAUGGGCUGCUAACAGCUUACUAAACAACAUACACUUAGUAUUACUUUCUUAGCUACAGUAUACAUAUCUCCCUGGCAUAUAUUACAUCAUUUAUGCAGCAGCAUAUAAGACAUUUUUGGAGUCACCUUGUUGUGAUGUGCUUACUUGAACAGGAAUGUGGCGCAGCAGUCCUUCGUGGGCAAAGUUUGUCAUCAAAGAAAGAGAAAGAGGCCGGAUUUACAAUUCCGAGUUGAAUGACCGUUCAAAGCGUAUUUUCCCAGUAUGAGCUAUAAUAAUAAUAAUAAUAUGCCAUUUAGCAGACGCUUUUAUCCAAAGCGACUUACAGUCAUGCGUGCAUACAUUUUUGUGUAUGGGUGGUCCCGGGGAUCGAACCCACUACCUUGGCGUUACAAGCGCCGUGCUCUACCAGCUGAGCUACAGAGGACCACGCUUGUUUAUUCCCGACUUCCCAGUUGCAAUGCUUGCAGUUAGCCACUGUCACCGAUUCCUUCCAAACUACUCAUUGUUGAAUUUGCGAUUUCCAACUUGUUGUGUAAUGUUUAUGUCCAAUGGCCGAUGAGCAACGAUACAUUUUAUCUCUAUUUUCUCUUCAUAUGACAAGGAUUAAAAAGAAUUUGCCAAUAGAUUGUCGACUUGAUUCAUGAUGAUGGCUGCUAGCUAAGGUUUUGAAACUAAGAUGUUGACAUGAUCAGUCCAAUCAAAGCUACUGUACAUAUAACGUGAUUUGACGUCAUUUUAUCAAUACCACUUUGGACUUUUGAUAUCAAUACCAUUAAUAGACUAGGUUCUAUUCUAAGUGAAAAAACAUAUGGCUUUUCAUUAGCUGGGAAAUACCUGAGGGAAUAGCAUUAACCACAGAUAUAUUCUUGGCAUGUAACAGAAAAUGCUUUGACUCUUAAAAAGACCUCAUAACUUAACAUUUGGCCACCACUAUCAAACAUGUCACCUGCAAAGAUAUCUUUCUCUAUCCAAUGUUGCAUAAAAAUACUUUUGUUUUUAAUAUUGAUAUUACCAUUAUUCCACUGAAUAGCUUUGAGGUGAAAAGUCAAUAGGGUGUAAAUGGGUCCAAAUGAAACUCUGGUUCUGGUGUUAUACUUUGUAUUCCAUGUUAUAGAGAAGCUUCUCAGGAACAAAGAAUACUUUAUUUAAUGAGGAUAGGACUUACCAUUGCGGAGAUCUUAUUUUCAAGUGAUCGGAAAAGGUAAAGGUUGCAGAUAGGUCAAUAUUAAUCCCUAGUCAGAAAUGGCACCAAAUCACCCGUCUGGAUUCUUAAUUUCAACACUUUUUUUUGUCCAAUAUCUCAAGAUAGGGUUGUCAUAUUGUUAUGACUUUUUCAUAAAAUGUAGAACACGGAGUUGAUUCAAAUAAAAGUAAAAGGUAUUAAAUUAAAAUGCAGUAUUAUGCACAUCUGGCACUUAUAUGCAAAUUAGGCAGUAUGGAAUACAUAAUUACAGUAAUUUAAGACCAAUCAUUUAAGGUAGAGUGGUCAUUAUUAACAAAUCCUUAUGCUUUAUGCAAAAAUGAAAGUUUGUUACAAUUUGUAAGAAUUUAUGAAAUUAUAAAGCAACUUUUUACACUGUAUGCAAAUUGGGUACUUCAUAUGCUAAUUAGUAUGUACGGAUUAAAUAAAUACAUAGCAUGUUAAGCCCAUUCAUUUAAAGUAAGGUGGUCAUAUUAACAUAUUUUUUUGUUUUAUGCAGAACUGGGAGGCUGGAACAAUUUAACAAAGCAAUACCAAAUAAUGAAUAUAACAAAAAUAUUUAGUUAGUGAAUUGCAACGUUCCAUUCAUUUCAAUGGAAAAUGUAUCAUUUAUUAUUAGAAUUACUUUUUGUUAUAUAAUAAUAAUUGUAUCUAAUUUUAACUAGUCAAUUAUGAGCAGGUGACUGAGUAACACAAUACUCUAAUCUGGCCUAGGCCUAUAUCUCUUUCACAUCUUUUUCACUCUGACACAUGCAUGCAAAAAUGACACUCAACAAAUCUCUCUCUCUCCCAUGGGCGCACACACUCUGCCAGCCAGUCAAGUGGAUCUCGGGCACAGUAAUAGUUUAAAAAUGGGCUUGGACUACUGCAGUUUGCAAUGCUGCCUAUAACCCUUCAUGUCCUGUUACUGUAAGAUCUUUUUUUAUUAUUUAACCUUUAUUUAACUAGGCAAGUCAGUUAGGAACAAAUUCUUAUUUACAAUGACGGCCUACCCAGGCCUAACCCGGAUGACGCUGGGCCAAUUGUGCGCCGCCCUAUGGGACUCCCAAUCACGGACGGAUUGUGAUACAGCCUGGAAUCGAACCAGGGUCUGUAGUGACGCCUCUAGCACUGAGAUGCAGUAUUCACCCCCCUUGGCAUUUUUCCUAUUUUGUUGCCUUACAACCUGGAAUUUGUAUCAUUUGAUUUACAUAACAUGCCUACCACAUUUGAAGAUGCAAAAUAUUAUUUGGUGUGAAACAAAACAAGAAAUAAGACAAAAAAACAGAACUUGAGCGUGCAUAGCUAUUCACCACCCAAAGUCAAUACUUUGUAGAGCCACCUUUUGCAGCAAUUACAGCUGCAAGUGUCUUGGGGUAUGUCUCUAUAAAGCUUGGCACAUCUAGCCACUGGGAUUUUUGCCCAUUCUUCAAGGCCAAAACUGCUCCAGCUCCUUCAAGUUGGAUGGGUUCCGCUGGUGUACAGCAAUCUUUAAGUCAUACCACAGAUUCUCAAUUGGAUUGAGGUCUGGGCUUUGACUAGGCCAUUCCAAGACAUUUAAAUGUUUCCCCUUAAACCACUCGAGUGUUGCUUUAGCGGUAUGCUUAGGAUCAUUGUCCUGCUGGAAGGUGAACCUCCGUCCCAGUCUCAAAUCUCUGGAAGACUGAAACAGGUUUCCCUCAAGAAUUUCCCUGUAUUUAGCGCCAUCAUCAUUCCUUCAAUUCUGACCAGUUUCCCAGUCCCUGCCGAUGGGGAAAAAUGGUGCCAGGUUUCCUCCAGACGUGACGCUUGGCAUUCAGGUCAAAGAGUUCAAUCUUGGUUUCAUCAGACCAGAUAAUCUUGUUUCUCAUGGUCUAAGAGUCUGGCUGUCAUGUGCUUUUUACUGAGGAGUGGCUUCUGCAGAGGAACUCUGGAGCUCUUUCUGAGUGACCAUCGGGUUCUUGGUCACCUCCCUGACCAAGGCCCUUCUCCCCCGAUGGCCAGCUCUAAGAAGAGUCUUGGUGGUUCCAAACGUCUUCCAUUUACGAAUGAUGGAGGCCACUGUGUUCUUGGGGACCUUCAAUGCUGCAGACAUUUUUUGGUACCCUUCCCCAGAUCUGUGCCUCGACACAAUCCUGUCUUGGCAUUCUACUGACCUCAUUGCUUGGUUUUUGCUCUGACAUGCACUGUCGACUGUGGGACCUUAUAUAGACGAGUGUGUGCCUUUCCAAAUCAUGUCCAAUCAAUUGAAUUGACCACAGGUGGACUCCAAGUUGAAGAAACAUCUCAAGGAUGAUCAAAGGAAACGGGAUUCGCUUGAGCUCAAUUUCGUGUCUUAUAGCAAAGGGUCUGAAUACUUAUGUAAAUAAGGUAUUUCUGUUUUUUACUUUCAAUACAUUUGCCAACUGUUUUUACUUUUUGUAAUUAUGUGUGUAGAUGGGUGAGAUUUUAAAAAAAAUCCAUUUUGAAUUCAGGCUGUAACACACCAAAAUGUGGAAUAAGUCAAGGUGUAUGAAUAGGCGCUGCUUCUCUUGCUGCUUUUGCCCAUUCACGUCACGGGCCUAGCCCGGUACACUGCGGCUCAGGUUAAUCGAACUCCCUCAAGGACUGAUAGUCCAUGAGACCAACGUGAUAGAUAUAGCGAAGCAUAUUAUUUUAAAGCUGAAGCCUACAGAGUUUGUAAACAAACACUUUGUCUACAAACAAGUGUAAAACACCUUAUUUUGGGUUAUGAUGGUAAUUUAUUAUAUAGUUGUCCUAAGCUGAUUAGGCAUUGAUAAGUUCAAGAAUCAAUGGUUGUGUAAUUAAUUAAAAUGGCAGUAAACAGGGCAUAACUUAAAAUUGUUGGUCCACCAGCCACUGUAGAUUUAAAAAUCUACCAGCCACUCAGAUUUAUUUACCAGCCAAAAUAUUUUUGGGGUGCUAAAAUUACACCAACAAAACACAAACGGAUGAGCAUGUUUCUAAAACAAUACAUGUAUUACUAGUAAGAAGUAAUGUGGUAUAUUGUUUAAUUACAUUUGCUUUGUGACCUGAGUCUUUUAACCAAAAUAUCACAGAUGAGACAAAAAAUUAACCUGCUCCUUUCAGGGCGGAAGGUUACCGUGGUAGCGUGACUGGAGUCAUGUUUGUGCCUGUGAGAUUUGGUCUGACUAGACUAGAAGAAGCGUUGUCUUCUCUUCCCUAGCAGUUGAAACUCAAACAUAGAAAAACAACCUAGCUUGUGAACAAAACAAUGUAAAUAGCCAAGAAACACAAGGACAAACUCUCACUUCAGUAGAUAAAAUGUUAUGCCUGUGCGCAGCGCUUUUAAAAAUGAAUCUUUCACUCAGCUCUUUACAUGCGCACAGCCCCCAUAGGCUAUUUAGGAUUCGUAGUUUUUUUACUUUGUGCAAUUUAAUUUACCAGCUAUGAAACAAAAGGGUAGAAAUACUUUGAAAACAGCUAUUGUAGCAUUUGUUUUACUAUAAAUGUGAUCAUACUUGACUUUUUAUUCACAUGUUGCUCGCACUGUGAAGCCCUGACCACCCGCCAACGUGGCUGGUGAAAUGGACAUCUUACCAACCAAUGCCAAAAUCUACCCGCAUUUGGCGGGUGUUUUUAAUUUUAGGCCCUGGCAGUAAAUAUUGCAGAUUGCGCUUUUAACAGUAGUGUGUAUCUACAGGUUAGGAGGUCCUGAUCCAUUGGACUACAUCAGUAUGUACCGUAACAUGGGCUGUGCAGCGCAGGACGUACAGGAACACUGGCACUACGUCAGCUUCGGACUCAGUGACCUGUAUGGAGACAACAGAGUACAUGAGUAAGUAGUACAGUACUUCAGGUUAGAGCUCUGGUGGACCAAGUUGCCCAGUUACUAACAACACACUGACACAUGGUUUGUGCAGCUGUUGUUCACUUACUUUCACUCCUUUGUGUCAUUCUGCAGAAUCAGCAUUGAGACACUAACACACUUUUUUUUUUCUUGUUCCUCUGAAACAGUUAUUUCACACCAACAGUUUUCACCCCCUUGUUUGUAGUGUUCUUGAGUAGACUUGAUAGCAGUGGUCUCCUGUAGCUCAGUUGGUAGAGCAUGGCGCUUGCAAUGCAAGGGAUGUGGGUUCGAUUCCCACGGGGGGCCAGUAUGAGAAAUGUAUGCAUUCACUAAUUGUAAGUCGCUCUUGAUCAGAGCGUCUGCUAAAUGACUAAAAUGCAAAAUGUAAUAGCUCUGCUCCCCGACAAUUCCCAGAAAUCUCCCUGUUUGCAAUCUCCCCUUCAAACAGCUGUCAUUCUAAAUGCAUGUUUUCAUAACUUUGGAGUGUAACUGAAUGGGUGGAUUGAGUAAUGAAAAGUAACUAAAGGAAAGGAGAAUCUGUAUUGGGUUUAUGGUGUUGUGUUGACUCGCGGUCAAUUAGGAGGGCCCAGGGUUUGGCUUUUUAACACACACAAACCUGAAGAGAGAUGAGAGAGACAGCUUAAAUUAAGUGUGGGCAUUCCGUAUGUGUAUUGUCAGGUUUACAGGCCAGGAAGGCUCCAGUGGCUUUGGCUUUGAGCUGACGUUCAGGCUGAAGAGAGAGGUGGGAGAGACAGCGCCUCCUACUUGGCCGGCUGAACUCAUGCAGGGCCUGGCCCGCUAUGUCUUCCAAUCAGGUAAGGACCCAGGCUCUGUGUGUCUCUAGUGUGGAGGGGAUAUGGUAGGUAGAGUAAGGUGAGGAGAAGGUAGUUGUUUGUCUAUCAAUUACAAGGCAGGCACUCAGGGCAUUAUGUAUUCCCAACCGUUUUGUUACUUCACUACGCACCGCACAGAGGGCUCCGCUGCCUCUGCAUGGACAUGGAGCAUGUCAGUAUUUAACCUCAUGUAACUCUGUCAGUGACGUUUCUCUAAGGAGAACACUUAGUGGAACUCAGCCCAAUCAUCCCCAGCUUCCCAUAGGCUCUUUCAACCCUUCGCUUCUCCGCUACAACUUCCUCAUGUAGCCUGUAAAAGAGAAUGUGUUCUCAUUCAGCUUACCUGUUAGGGCUAAAUAGAAGAAAAUGCGGACUAGAAGAGCAUGUUAUGUAAUGUAUGACCCCUGUGUUUUUAAAGACCUAGCCAGCUCUGUACGGUUCUUCUGGGAUCUGGGGAAUCUCAACAAGUCUAAUUUCCCUUUCUCUCUCUGAUGGGAGAAGUGUGUUAAACGUUGUCUUAGCUGAGAAACUUCCUAAUCUUAACAGUAUUGUCUUUACAGCUGUGGAAAACACGUUUCUCCCAUUCUCACAGACCGUUCCUGGUGUGUGUGCCACUUUGUUAAGUCCUUUAAAUAAUCUAGCCGUGUGUAAAGAUUACAUUGAGGAGGGGAGGGUGGGAGUGUUUAAAAGCCAGUCUGGGAGGCAGAGAAGGAGGGGGGCCCAUUCUCUCUAGGUUAUUCUACCCCCAUCUGCUAGGGGUGUAACGAUUCAUGUAUUUGUUUCCAACCAUUCGGGACAGGGAUCUCAGUUCGGUCUGCACUGUGAAACCGAAUGAAUACAUAAAAAUAUCUAUAUAUACAUUAAAACACUAGGCGUGUAGGUUAUGCCUACGCUGCGUUGUAUGCCUCUUGAGUAAAUCUGAGCUGGAAAAAAACUAACUAGAUCCUAUGCGCAUGUAAUAAUCAGAAUUGUAAUCUUAAUUGGCGUAUUUCAAACUUCCCCUUUGUGAGGUGCAGCCGGGAACUAGUUCUGUACGAUGCCAAGUGGUGGGGUACUAAAUAAACCAGGAGGAUUCUCCAUCUUUUAAAUCUCCAGUUGGGGAACAUUUUGGCUUCCCAGUAGAUUACAACGGCGAUGGACAGAGAGUAUGUCGCCAUUGCUCAACGAAAUUAGCCUAUGGAACUGCCAAAACCUCAAAAGAUGUUGACACAUUUUCACCGACAGCACCCCAGUAUUCCUACCACCGGCACAAAAAAACAACACAAUUUCGUCUCCGCUCUGCAUUCAAGCAGCACUUAGCAGUUGAUUCUGAGUGUGCCAAAGAAGUUAGAAGAGCGAUAUUUGUUUAUAGCCGUGGAUAUGCGGCCAUUCUUGUUGGUUGAGAACAAUUAGGGUAUUUCAGCUCCUUGUGAAAGUGCUCGAGCGACGUUACGAACUUCGCCCUCUCGCACCCAUUUCAGCAAACCGGUAGUACCCACUCUAUAUAAGCAAGCUAAAGCUGAAGUUGUCAAUGAAUUGGCCACUGCACCCGGUGUUGCGCUUACUACAGAUGGAUGGAGCUCCAGGGCUACAGAGAGCUACUUAACAGUGACAGCCCAUCACAUUAACCCGGAAUGGGAAAUGAGAAGUAUGUGCUACAACACGCCCCCUUUGAGAGUCACAAGUGCGCAUAUGUUUAUCUUUGUAAGAAAACAUUAAAGCAUAGGCCUAUACAAGAUCUGACCUAUGUUUACUUAUUGAUUUCACACGCAUAUUGCACUUUAUUUUAGUGUUGAGAAAUCGUGAAUUCAUUUAAGAAAAUACAAAGUGUUUGUAUUCCUGAUUGUGCUCUCAUUAGUCAUUUUGACUCAUGAUCAUAUAUGGAAUCAGGAAUACCUGACUUUGUAUUUUCUUAAAUAAGCAAAAAUUAACUACAGUUACUGUUGGCAUUUCAUUUUCCCUCUGUACUGAAACCGAACCGUGAUCCCAAAACCGCAAUAUGUACCAAACCGUGGGUUUGAACCGUAACCGCUUCACGAACCUGGCUUUCCUAAAAUGGGAGCCUGGGGAAGUUCCAUGGCAGAAAUCAGCUAAAGUGGGGUUGGAACCCGGUGUAAAUCAGUGACACCACGCAACACGUCAAACCAAUCAAAUGCCUUGCUUGGGCUUAGGAGCUACAGUGCGUGAGGACAGAACAUUUCAACAAAACAAGCACUGGUGACAUUUUUGCAGCACGCUGGUUUUCACAGCAUUUCUGUUAUUUCGAGAUGAGCUAAAGCUGCAGCAAGAAGAGAGAUAUGGUCUACAAUGCUGGCCAUAUCAAUCUUUUUGAGGUUCACGUUUCUGAAGUGAUAUUUGGCUGUAAAGGCUAGUAUGAGGGACAAGAAGUAGCUAGCCACAAUGAUGUUAGUUUUGAGAAAAGUCAGCUAACCUUGUUAGCUACCUAGGUAUAACUAACUAACUAACUAGCUAAUAGCUAGUUCAAUUUCUCUCAGGAUUAUAAAGCACACAACAUUUUGAUUAAAAACAGCAUAUUAUUGACCUAAAAGGUUAGCUGUGUUAGCCCAGUCUCUAACUUAUCCAGGGUCAGUGAUACAUAGAACAAACAUGCACUGUCUAUCUAUGGGAACCACUGCAAAUUUUGCAAGCAACAUUGCUAAAAUGAAUUAAAUAAAAUUAACGUCAAAAAUACCUGUAAUGCUCAUCUUGUGUAGCCAAAUUGUCGUCAUCUUAUUUUCGUAGUGUACCUAAAUUACAAGUGUUGGAUUUGCACUAACAAUUUUAGGUCAGUACCUAAAAGGAAUGUACAAAAUCUGGUAUAUGGUUUGCCUCAUACAUCGUCUACUGGUAUCAUUUUAAAUUGAGAACAUAUACACUACCGGUUAAAAGUUUUAGAACACCUACUCAUUCAAGGGUUUUUCUUUAUUUUUACUAUUUUCUACAUUGUAGAAUAAUAGUGAAGACAUCAAAACUAUGACAUAACACAUAUGGAAUCAUGUAGUAACCAAAAAAGUGUUAAACAAAUCAAAAUAUUUGAGAUUCUUCAAAUAGCCACCCUUUGCCUUGAUGACAGCUUUGCACACUCUUGGCAUUCUCUCAACCAGCUUCAUGAGGUAGUCACCUGGAAUGCAUUUAAAUUAACGGGUGUGCUUUGUUGAAAGUUAACUUGUGGAAUUUCUUUCCUCCUUAAUGCGUUUGAGCCAAUCAGUUGUGUUGUGACAAGGUAGGGGGAGUAUACAGAAAAUAGCCCUAUUUGGUAUAAGACCAAGUCCAUAUUAUGGCAAGAACAGCUCAAAUAAGCAAAGAGAAACAACAGUCCAUCAUUACUUUAAGACAUGAAGGUCAGUCAAUAUGGAACAUUUCAAGAACAUUGAAAGUUUCUUCAAGUACAGUCACAAAAACCAUCAAGUACUAUGAUGAAACUGGCUCUCAUGAGGACCGCCACAGGAUUGUAAGACCCAGAGUUACCUCUGCUGCAGAGGAUAAGUUAAUUAGAGAGUUACCAGCCUCAGAAAUUGCAGCCCAAAUAAAUGCUUCACAGAGUUCAAGUAACAGACACAUCUCAACAUCAACUGUUCAGAGGAGAAUCAGGCCAUCAUGGUCGAAUUGCUGCAAAGAAACCACUACUAAAGGACACCAAUAAGAAGAAGAGACUUGCUUGGGCCAAGAAACACGAGCAAUGGACAUUAGACCCGAGGAAAUUUGUCCUUUGGUCUGGAGUCCAAUUUGGAGAUUUUGGUUCCAACCACCGUGUCUUUGUGAGAUGCGGUGUGGGUGAACGGAUGAUCUCUGCAUGCGUAUUUCCCACCGUAAAGCAUGGAGGAGGUGGUGUUAUGGUGUGGGGGUGCUUUGCUGUUGAUUUAUUUCGAAUUCAAGGCACACUUAACCAGCAUGGCUGCCACAGCAUUCUGCAGCGAUACGCCAUCCCAUCUGGUUUGGGCUUAGGGGGACUAUCAUUUGUUUUUCAACAGGACAAUGACCCAACACACCUCCAGGCUGUGUAAGGGCUAUUUUACCAAGAAGGAGAGUGAUGGAGUGCUGCAUCAUAUGACCUGGCCUCCACAAUCACCCAACCUCAACCCAGUUGAGAUGGUAUGGGAUGAGUUGGACCGCAGAGUGAAGGAAAAGCAGCCAACAAGUGCUCAGCAUAUGUGGGAACUCCUUCAAGACUGUUGGAAAAGCAUUCCAGGUGAAGCUGGUUGAGAGAAUGCCAAGAGUGUGCAAAGCUGUCAUCAAAGCAAAGGGUGGCUAUUUUAAAAAUCUCAAAUAUUUUAAGAUUUUUUUUUAAACACUUUUUUGGUUACUACAUGAUUCCAUAUGUGUUAUUUCAUAGUUUUGAUGUCGUCACUAUUAUUCUACAAUGUAAAAAAUAAAGAAAAACCCUUGAAUGAGUAGGUGUUCUAAAACAUUUGAACUGGUAGUGUAGCUCAACAUGUAAACGAUGAGUUUAGCUAUUCUGUGCUUCAGAUGACAUUUGCCUGUAAGACCAGUAAUGCCAUCAUACUCUAGGCCUAUGGCUGCAUUGGUGAUACAUGCCAUAUGAUAAGCUGCAAAAUCGAUUCACACAGCUGAUUAUAUUGAGAGAGCGUGACAAUCAAAUUUAAACAGAUUGGCUGUGAUAUUGUAAUUGUAAGAUCUCCAAUCACAACACUGGCGGCUAAGUAAUACUGUCAAACACUAUCAUUCCACUUUUAGCAGCAGAUAUAUUAUGGAAAUUUUCUGAAAUUACAAUGCAAAUAUGCAAAAACAAAUCCUGUGUUGCACCUUUUUAGAAAUGCAUUUACUUGCUUGAAUAGGGUCUCCCAAUGCCUCCGGUUUUUUGGUUUCCUUACAAAAACAAAAUAUUGGGCGAUCUUCACAGUUUAGAACGUGUUGUGACGUUUGACUUUACCAGCGUAAUCCACUUUCAAUUUCAAUAAAUAUGAAUCGCAGACUGUCAGCCACACUUGACAACUUGAAAACUAGCACUUCAAACUAGCACAGGCAACAAUUACCCGGACUUAAAACUUUGACAAACAUAACACAGCGCCCGUUCUACGGGCGUGUGGGGGAGGGUUCUUGAAAUGUAACGUCCAAUCAAAAUCUUGCUGCGGUGAGCCAGCAGACUAUUCAAACCGUUUUUGCAAUACAACAUUCUCCAGACCUCAAAGGGAAGCAUAACAAUGACAUGAUUUUAGAGGUAUGGCAAUUCGAGACAAGGUGAACCGUUACACCCCUACUGUCUGCUCUUCAGCUGGGGUCAAUUUAAACGUGGGUCCUGCACUGGAUGGAUGAAUACUCGGUCCCUGGCCCUCCUUCCUAUACUGCUUUUCCUCCCCCUCUCUUUUCCAGUAUAUCUGGACUAGGUACCUGUUGCCUCCCAAGCAGAUGGAUUCCUCUGGAUCGCUUACUCGCGCUCUCCCCCUCUCAUUGCCUUUCUCUUCAAUUUCUCUCUCCCUUCUCAAUUGAUCUCUCACACAUAUACACACUCCCUUUUUUCUCUCACUCUUUCACUUGACUUUCUCAUUUGCUCUUAGACUAGUGCUGAGAAAACGUAUGUCUGUUCUUGGGCCGGGACGAUACCAGUAUCGCAAUAUUUAUCCAUGGCAAAACAUUAGGACUGUUUUCCUAAAGAAGUUAAAUCCACUUUGUUUUGUUUCCUUGCCACGAUACUAACGAGGAUCGCAAUACUGGUAUUAUCCCGGCCCUAGUAUUUUCCAAUAUAUCACUGAGUAGUCUUUCACCUCCAUGUCUCUCCUCUGUCCUGUAGAAAACACGUUUUGCAGUGGAGACCACAUAUCGUGGCACAGUCCCCUGGACAACAGUGAGUCUCGUAUCCAACACAUGCUGCUCACUGAAGACCCCCAGAUGACACCGGUCCACACCCCCUUCGGCCUGGUCAACUUCCUGCAGGUGAGCUAAUCUAGCCCCAGGCUCUCCGGCCUACCCUCUCAACUCCCUCCUUUCAGUCUAUAAUAGCAUGAUGUCUGUCCCCUCAUCUGUGCGUGUGUUCUUUUACCCUUUCUUUCUUACUCCCCCUUUUUUUUUGGUAACUCCCUGUCCUCUCUAUAUAGAUUGUGGGUGUGUGUACAGAAGAGUUGCAGGCGGCCCAGCAGUGGAACGGCCAAGGAAUACUGGAGCUGCUCCGAGGGGUCCAUGUGUGAGUUUGAAAUAUGAGAUACACUACAUGAGCAAAUGUAUGUGGACACUUGCUUGUCGAACAUCUCAUGCCAAAAUCAUGGGCAUUAAUAUGGAGUUGGUCCCCCUUUUGCUGCUAUAACAGCCUCCACUCUUCUGGGAAGGCUUUUCACUAGAUGUUGGAACAUUGCUGCGGGGACUUGCUUCCAUUCAGCCACGAGCAUUAGUGAGGUUGGGCACUGAUGUUGGGUGAUUUAGGCCUUGCUCGCAGUCUGCGUUCCAAUUCAUCCCGAAGGUGUUCGAUGGGGUUGAGAUCAGGGCUUUGUGCAGGCCAGUCAAUUUCUUUCACACCGAUUUCGACAAACCAUUUCUGUAUGGACCUCGCUUGUGCACGGGGGCAUUGUCAUGCUGAAAUAGGAAAGGGCCUUCCCCAAACUUGCCACAAAGUUGGAAGCACAGAAUCGUCUAGAAUGUCAUUGUAUGCUGUAGCAUUAAGAUUUCGCUUCACUGGAACUAAGGGGCCUAGCCCAAAACCAUGAAAAACAGCCCCAAACCAUUAUUCCUCCUCCACCAAACUUUACAGUUGGCACUAUGCAUUGGGGCAGGUAGCGUUCUCCUGGCAUCCGCCAAACCCAGAUUCGUCCGUCGGACUGCCAGAUGAUGAAGUGUGAUUAAUCACUCCAGAGAACGCGUUUCCACUGCUCCAGAGUCCAAUGGCGGCGAGCUUUACACCACUCCAGCCGACGCUUGGCAUUGCGCAUGGUGAUCUUAGGCUUGUGUGCGGCUGCUCAGCUAUGGAAACCCAUUUCAUGAAGCUCCCGACACAGUUAUUGUGCUGACGUUGCUUCCAGAGGCAGUUUGGAACUCAGUAGUGAGUGUUGCAACCGAGGACAGAUGAUUUUUACGCUCUUCAGCACUCGGCGGUCCCAUUUUGUGAGCUUGUGUGGCCUACCACUUCGCGGCUGAGCCGUUGUUGCUCCUAGACGUUUCCACUUCACAAUAACAGCACUUACAGUUGACCGGGGCAGCUCUAGCAGGGCAGAAAUUUGACAAACUGACUUGUUGGAAGGGUGGCAUCCUAUGAUGGUGCCACAUUGAAAGUCACUGAGCUAUUCAGUAAGGCCAAUGUUUGUCUAUGGAGAUUGCAUGGCUGUGUGCUCGAUUUUAUACACCUCUCAGCAACGGGUAUAUUUUGUAUAUUUAGUGUACCUCCCUGCCAGUCUACCAGUCUUAUUUCACAUCAACUUUAACCCAGUGUGACCAAGUCCAUGUUAACCCUAUGUUAAUGAUUAUAUUUUCCCCUCCAUGCUAUCUGUGUUUAGUGCUGGAGGGCCCUGGUUGAUAACUGACAUGAGGAGAGGAGAGACUAUCUUUGACAUCGACCCUCAUUUACAAGUAAGGCUUUGAUUAGUUACUGUAUUCUCAUUCAAAUUGUAUUCUCAUUCAAACAGCUCCACCUACUGGUUCAGUCCCCACAAUGUGUGUGUCUUUGCUAGUGUUAAUGUGUGUGGGCUAGUGUUAAUGUUUGCGUGUGUUUGCUCAUCCUAAGCAGGAGCGUGUGGACCAGGGUAUAGAGACCGAGGGCUCCAACCUGAGCGGCGUGAGCGCCAAGUGUGUGUGGGACGACCUCAGCCGACCGCCCGAGGACGAAGAGGACAGCCGCUCCAUCUGUAUAGGAUCUCAACCACGAAGACUGUCGGAAAAAGGUAACACACACACACACCUAACCUACAGUGCCUUCAGAAAGUAUUCGCACCCCUUGACUUUUUCCACAUUUUGUUAUAACAGCCUGAAUUUAAAAUGGAUUCAAUUGAGAUUUUGUGUCACAUAACAUUGAAUAUCCCUUUGAGCAUGGUGAAGUUAGUAAUUUCACUUUGGAUGGUGUAUCAAUACACCCAGUCACUACAAAGAUUCAGGCGUCCUUCCUAACUCCUAAUGUUUGGUGCAAAUCCAAUACAGCACAUUACUGAGGACCACUCUCCAUAUUUUCAAGCAUAGUGGUUGCUGCAUCAUGUUAUGGCUAUGCUUGUAAUCGUUCAGGCCUGGGGAGUUUUUCAGGAUAAAAAAAAAACUGAAUGGAGCUAAGCACAGGCAAAAUCUUAAAGGAAAACCUGGUUUAAGUCUGCUUUCCACCAGACACUGGGAGAUGAAUUCCCCUUCCAGCAGGACAAUAACCUAAAACACAAGGCCAAAUAUACACUGGAGUUGCUUACCAAGACGACAUUAAAUGUUCCUGAGUGGUUUAGUUAGUUUUGACUUAAAUCGGCUUGAAAAUCUAUUGCAAGACUUGAAAAUAUUGUACACUCCAUGUGUGCAAAGCUCUUAGACUUAACCAGAAAGACUAACAAGACAAGGCGAUUCUAACAUGUAUUGACUCAGGGAUGUGAAUACUUUAUGUAAAUUAGGUAUUUCUGUAUUUCAUUUUCAGUACAUUUGCAAACAUUUCUAAACAUGUUUUCACUUUCAUUAUGGUGUAUUGUGUAGAUGUGUAAGGAAGAAUUCAGGCUGGAACGCAACAAAAUGAGAAAUAAGUCAAGGGGUAUGACUACUUUCUGAAGGCACUAGACACUUCUAAUGGGCUCUCGUAGAUCUGACAUGCGUUGUGUUCAAUAGGCACCAAAUGUAAGAAAACAGAUUGAAACAGGGAGGUACCUCCUGGACUUGUCCAAUUUAGAACCGCUCCUAUUUGUUUUCUGUUGCAAAACUAUUUAAAACAUUUUUUUGUGUGCAAUAUUGAACACUACCAAGAUAAAUGUAAGCAAUAGGGUGAAUGAAGUCGUUACUGAGUAGUUUUGUGUCCUAAUGUUAUUGUAUGUCCCAAAACUAACCCAAUGGUUUUGUCCCCUGCAGAUACAGAGCAGAUCAGAGAAGCCCUGAGAAAAGGACUGGAGUUCAACCCUAAAGCAGCACUACCCCCUAUCAACUCACAGAGACAAGGACAUGACAGGCCUCAGUGAGUACAUACACACACAGUUAAGCUUUUCUUUACUCACUUUCCCACUCCAAAUUUUCAUUCUGAGUCAGCAUUGAGACACGCACUCCUCUCGUGUUUUUUCUUUCCUCUCAAGCAGUGAUGUCACACCAACAGCGUUCACCCCCUCCUUUUUAGUGUUCUCUAGAGUAGACUCACCGUACACACCCAUACCCCUCCCUUUAACCCAGCCAGAGACAGAGCCAUGAAACCCCAGUGAGUACAAAGUACUGGGACAUUGAACACAUGAUAGGUGUAUGAUAUUGUAUGUGGUACCAUUCUUCCCCUGGUUUCUCCAUAGACAAACAAUGGGCCAUUUGCAGAGCCAGCAGUAUCACAGGUAAGAGAAACAUGAGAGAUGAGGGGCAAGGUUGUUACAAACCAUAGCAAACUCAUUCACACACUUUAUAAGGAGAUACAGGCCACCACCAGACUUGAUGUUUCCCCUGUACUUAAGUGGUCAUUUGAAUCUCUCUGACUCUCCUUCUCUAGGAGUCGUAAGGACAGUCUGGAGAGUGAGAGUUCAGCGACCAUCGUUCCUCACGAGCUAGUUCGUACCAGACAACUGGAGAGUGUUCAUCUGAAAUUCAACCAGGAGUCAGGAACACUGCUGCCCCUCUGUCUCAGGUAUGCGCGCGCACACACACACGCUGGAGUUGGGGAUGAGCCUGGGUCUUCCCACACACAGCCAUUACAUAAAACAAGACUAGGGUCAUCUGACAGAGAGCCCUUUGUAUGUGAAAGGGGGAGAGAUAGGGGGCUGAGAGAGACAGAGGGUGAGAAGAAGCAGGUUCUCUAACCCAGCAGACGUCUUCCAUACAGUACGUAUUCAGUGAUGUUUAAUGAUUGUUGUGCUGGUCGUAUUCUGUGCUUAGGGGUCGUUUGCUCCAUGGUAGACACUUCACCUAUAAGAGUAUAAAUGGAGACACAGCCAUCACCUUCGUCUCCACUGGAGUAGAGGGGGCCUUUGCUACUGAGGAACACCCGUAUGCCGCACAUGGACCCUGGUUACAGGUACACACACCCUGGCUCCUGAUACACACACAAGCUGCUUCAAGUGCAUACUUGCUGCAUGUGUUUACUGCAUGUACUUAUGUUACCAUAUCUCCUCCAGAUAUUGCUGACUGAGGAGUUUGUUGAACAGAUGCUUGGAGAUCUAUCGGAGCUCAACACUCGAGAGGAGGUGAGGGGAAACACCUUUUACCAUUCUUUACAGUCGUAACAUAAAGAAUGGACUGGCUGUGGAUCUGAGUGUUCUGGAAACCUCUUCCUGACAGCUAAAGGUUUGAAGCACCUGUGCAUGUGUGGGAUUCUAUGCUUUACGCAAUCUCUGUUCUACUCGUUUGGCUACCCAGAGAACAGGCUACACUGGCGAAUUUCAGUGAUGAAUGGUGCUCGUGUAAUAAAGUUAGAUCAAAGCUGAAUCAAUGUCUGCAAGAUCAGGUAAUGAACUGAACAGAACUGAAUAUAAUGGCAUAUAACAUUACUGUAAGACAAACACCACUUAAUUUCUUAUGAGAUUUUAGGAUGAUUGUGCGAAUGGUCGCAUUUUUCUUUUGUGGCCAAAACUCAACAGCGCACGCCACUAGGCAAAAUAUGUGUUUUGAUAAAAAUACAAAUAAAACACAGGUGUUUCAUACCGACCUUGUACCAUCCUGGGAUAUUCAGUAAUACCGGCACUGAACACAAGGGGCGCUAUUUUCAAUCCGAUGGUUAGUAAUGCUAACAAGUACAAGUAAAAUCCCAUAGCGAAUAAUAACGAGCGCAUGCGAACAUUUUAUACAGUCUCUGACAUCCUAGCUCAUAAAGUUAUACAAGUAACUAAAAAAUGCUACUCACAAUUUGCUGCAUGCACAAAACAAAUAUUAGAAAGCAAAGGCUCUUGAUCCAGGAGGGAUUCUCUGCUGUUACCAAGAGGGGCAUGAUUGCAAGAAGCUAACCAUUAUCACAACUGCAGAGCAUCUUAGACUUUUAACUUAAUAAUUAAGAUGUCUAACUGGCAAACAUUUAGUUGUGAAUUCCAUACUGUAACUAGAUCAGUAUGUGCUGCACAACAGUGAUUUACUAACAAGGCUCCGGUCUCUCGUCGUCUGCUUGUAAACAAACAACCAUGUGACUGGGGACUACUGGUAAGCUUCAUAAUGUAUAAUAAUUUGCCAGGUGAAAUGAAGAACGUGAUUUGCUUUAUCUCCUAACGUAUUGCACAGGUUGACUGCAGGUUUUUACUUAGCUAAAAAUAUUCAAAUGUAUAUAAUAAAAAAACUUCCAAGAAAUAUACUGAACAAAAACAUAAAUGCAACAUACAACAAUUUCAACGUUUUUCCUGACUUACAGUUCAUAAAGGAAAUCAGUCAAUUGAAAUAAAUUCCUUAGGCCCUAAUCUAUGGAUUUUACAUGACUGGGCAGAAGUGCACCAUGGGUGGGCCUGGGAGGGCAUAGGCCCACCCAUUUAGGAGCCAGACCCUCCCACUGUGGAGCCAGGCCCAGCCAAUCAGAAUGAGUCUUUCCUGUCAAAGGGACAUUAUUACAGACACAGAUACUCCUCAGUUUCAUCAGCUGUCCGGGUGGCUGGUUUCAGAUGAUCCUGCAGGUGAAGAAGCUGGAUGUGGAGGUCCUGGGCUGGUGUGGUUACACAUGGUCUGUGGUUGUGAGGCCAGUUGGAUGCACUUCCAAAUGUUCUAAAAUGAUGUUGGAGGCGGCUUAUGGUAGAGAAAUGUACAUUACAUUUUCUGGCAACAGCUCUGGUGGACAUUCCUGCAGUCGGCAUGCCAAUUCCACGCUCCCUCAAAACUUCAGACAUUUGUGGCAUUGUGUUGUGUGACAAAACUGCACAUUUUUGUUGCUGGCACAAGGUGUACCUGUUUAAUGCUAUUGCUGUUUAAUCAGCUUCUUGAUAUGCCACCUGUCAGGUGGAUGGAUUAUUUUGGUGAAGGAGACUUUUUCACUGACAGGGAUGUAAACAGAAUUUGCACAAAUGAGAGAAUUAAGCUUUUUGUGCAUAUGGAAAAAUUCUGCUAAUUUAUUUCAGCUCAUGAAAGAUGGGACCAACACUUUACAUGUUGCAUAUAUAUUUUGUUUCAGUAUAGUUUCAAUGGUAUUGAUGGGAUUAAAAUUGAUUUAAUUUUCUCUUUUUGUCAACAAUCUACACAAAAUACUCUGACAAAGUGGAAGAAAAAUUCUAACAUUUCGUAAAGAUUAAUGAAAAAUAAAACUAAUAUACGUUACAUGACCAAAAGUAUGUGGACACUUGCUCGUCGAACAUCUCAUUCCAAAAUCAUGGGCAUUAAUAUGGAGUUGGUCCCCCCUUUCCUGCUGUAACAGCCUCCAAUCUUCUGGGAAGGCUUCCCACUAGAUGUUGGAACAUUGCUGCGGGGGACUUGCUUCCAUUCAGUCACUAGCAAUAGUGAGGUUGGGCACUGAUGUUGGGCGAUUAGGCCUGGCUCUCAGUCGGCGUUCCAACUCAUCCCGAAGGUGUUCGAUGGGGUUGAGGUCAGGGCUCUGUGCAGGCCAGUCAAGUUCUUCCACACUGAUCUCGACAAACCAUUUCUGUAUGGACCUCAAUUUGUGCACGGGGGCAUUGUCAUGCUGAAACAGGAAAGGGCUUUCCCAAAACUUUUGCCACAAAGUUGGAAGCACAGAAUCGUCUAGAAUGUCAUUGUAUGCUGUAGCAUUAAGAUCUCUCUUCACUCCACUAAACUUUACAGUUGGCACUAUGCAUUGGGGCAGGUAACGUUCUCCUGGCAUCCGCCAAACCCAGAUUUGUCCGUCGGACUGCCAGAUGGUGAAGCGUGAUUAAUCACUCCAGAGAAUGCGUUUCCACUGCUCCAGAGUCCAAUGGCGGCGAGCUUUAGACCACUCCAGCCCACACUUGGCAUUGCACAUGCUGAUCUUAGGCUUGUGUGCGGCUGCUCGGCCAUGGAAACGCAUUUCUUGAAGCUCCCGAUGAACAGUUCUUGUGCUGAAGUUGCUUGUGUGGCCUACCACUUCGCGGCUGAGCCAUUGUUUCUCCUAGACGAUACCACUUCACAAUAACAACACUUACAGUUGACUGGGGAAGCUCUAGCAGGGCAGACAUUUGAAUCCACUAACUUGAAGGGGUGUCCACAUACUUUUGUAUACAGUGAGGGGAAAAAAGUAUUUGAUCCCCUGCUGAUUUUGUACGUUUGCCCACUGACAAAGACAUGAUCAGUCUAUACUUUUAAUGGUAGGUUUAUUUGAACAGUGAGAGACAGAAUAACAACAACAAAAAUCCAGAAAAACGCAUGUCAAAAAUGUUAUAAAUUGAUUUGCAUUUUAAUGAGGGAAAAUUAGUAUUUGACCCCUCUGCAAAACAUGACUUAGUACUUGGUGGCAAAACCCUUGUUGGCAAUCAGAGGUCAGACGUUUCUUGUAGUUGGCCACCAGGUUUGCACACAUCUCAGGAGGGAUUUUGUCCCACUGACUUUUGGCAACUCGAACCUUCAGCUCCCUCCACAGAUUUUCUAUGGGAUUAAGGUCUGGAGACUGGCUAGGCCACACCAGGACCUUAAUGUGCUUCUUCUUGAGCCACUCCUUUGUUGCCUUGGCCGUGUGUUUUGGGUCAUUGUCAUGCCGGAAUACCCAUCCACUACCCAUUUUCAAUGCCCUGGCUGAGGGAAGGAGGUUCUCACUACAAGAUUUGACGGUACAUGGCCCCGUCCAUCGUCCCUUUGAUGCGGUGAAGUUGUCCUGUCCCCUUAGCAGAAAAACACCCCCAAAGCAUAAUGUUUCCACCUCUAUGUUUGACGGUGGGGAUGGUGUUCUUGGGGUCAUAGGCAGCAUUCUUCCUCCAAACACGGCGAGUUGAGUUGAUGCCAAAGAGCUCGCUUUUGGUCUCAUCUGACCACAACAGUUUCACCCAGUUCUCCUCUGAAUCAUUCAGAUGUUCAUUGGCAAACUUCAGACGGGCCUGUAUAUGUGCUUUCUUGAGCAGGGGGACCUUGCGGGCACUGCAGGAUUUCAGUCCUUCACGGCGUAGUGUGUUACCAAUUGUUUUCUUGGUGACUAUGGUCCCAGCUGGCUUGAGAUCAUUGACAAGAUCGUCUCGUGUAGUUCUGGGCUGAUUCCUCACUGUUCUCAUGAUCAUUGCAACUCCACGAGGUGAGAUCUUGCAUGGAGCCCCAGGCCGAGGGAGAUUGACAGUUAUUUUGUUUCUUCCAUUUGCGAAGAAUCGCACCAACUGUUGUCACUUUCUCACCAAGCUGCUUGUCGAUGGUCUUGUAGCCCAUUCCAGCCUUGUGUAGGUCUACAAUCUUGUCCCUGACAUCUUUGGAGAGCUCUUUGAUCUUGGCCAUGGUGGAGAGUUUGGAAUCUGAUUGAUUGUUUGCGUCUGUGGACAGGUGUCUUUUAUACAGGUAACAAACUGAGAUUAGGAGCACUCCCUUUAAGAGUGUGCUCCUAAUCUCAGCACAUUGCCUGUAUAAAAGACACCUGGGAGCCAGAAAUCUUUCUAAUUGAGAGGGGUUCUAAUACUUAUUUCCCUCAUUAAAAUGCAAAUCAAUUUAUAACAUUUUUGACAUGUGUUUUUCUGGAUUUUCUUGUUGUUAUUCUGUCUCUCACUGUUCAAAUAAACCUACCAUUAAAAUUAUAGACUGAUCAUUUCUUUGUCAGUGGGCAAACGUACAAAAUCAGCAGGGGAUCAAAUACUUUUUUUCCCUCACUGUAUGGAGUAUUUUGGUUAGAUCAGUGAUCUAUUUCAGUCCCACUUUGUAAUGCAACAAAAUGUGAAAAGAUCUUUGGGGUGAAUACUUAUGAUACCCACUAACUCGAAGAUCUAAAUGCUUAUUCCCAUUAAACCGAUUCAGAUAAAAUGGUUGUUAUGCAGAUGCUGCAUGGAUGUUUCACCGGUAAAACUUGAAGAACUAUCAUUCACCAUUGACAGUUAGUUAGAAAUGUAUAGUGGGGGUGACCAAAAAUGUGUGCAUAAAGAGGUAAAGAAACGCAUGCGCAGAACGUGAUUCAGAUCUUUGGCUCUGAGGAAGGCUUCCAGGGGUGCAAUGGGGAGGUUACCUACGGAUCCUCAGCCUAUAAAGAAGCUGUUAGGUAAUCCUGUAAUAUUACUUUUGCAAAAUUCCAGAAAAGUUCCUAGAUUUUUCAGAAAUCCUGGUUGGAGGAUACACAGAGUAAGCAGGGAGGUGAAAAACCCGGCAAAGUUUACAGAGUUUAACUCCAUGUUCUGUAUCUGUCAUUAAAUGUUUUUCUCCUGUUUGAUUCCUCCUUCCAGACCAAGUUACCGAAGGAAUACAGCUGGCCAGAGAAGAAACUGAAGAUCUCGGUCCUGCCUGACUCUGUGUUCGACAGCCCUCUGCAGUGAGAAUGGGACCCACUCCUCUCUUCAGAAUACUCUGGACCUGUUCAC